AUGAAUCCGCGCACCGCCGCCGGCGAUUUCGACUGGCAAUGCGUGCCUACGGCCGACCCGGGACCAUGCAAGGCUUACAUUCCCAUGUGGUGGUACAACGUACUCUCGGGCCAGUGCGAGGAGUUCAUUUAUGGCGGUUGCCAAGGAAACGACAACAAGUACAGGACCAAACAAGAAUGUGAGAAGACCUGCGCCGAAGGAUCAGUGUCCUUGAACGUAAACACAGGGUGGAAGCUCGAGCAACAGGGACCGCAUGUUAGCCCCUUCGCCUGCUUCGCACCACCUGAUGAAGGACCGUGCCGUGCAUCCAUCACCCGUUAUUACUUCGACAACGAGACGCAAACGUGCGAAGAGUUCACCUAUGGAGGCUGCGAGGGCAACCAAAACAACUACGAGACGGCCGAAGAAUGCAAGGCCAGCUGCAAUCCUGAGACCGAGUACGAAGCUAAGUGCCUCGCCAGGCCCGAGAGCGGGCCAUGCAUGGCAUAUAUUCCUAUGUGGGCCUACGACGCGAAGCUGGGCCAGUGCAAGUCAUUCAUUUACGGUGGCUGUGACGGAAACGACAACAAGUACCCAACCAAGGAAAAGUGCCAGAAGACCUGCAAGAAAUCACCCUCAGCGCCUACGAAUCCCGUGUGCUAUCUGCCAAAGGCCCCUGGGCCAUGCCUCGCCUACAUGCCUCGCUACUACUACAACAAAGCGAGCAAGAAGUGCGAGCAGUUCAUCUACGGUGGAUGUCAAGGAAACGCGAACAACUUCUGGACUUUGAAAGAGUGCCGCCGUGCUUGCAGCGUGAAGCUGAAUUCUGGCAUUAUGAGCCUCGAAUCUGAACCGAUGCUCAACGUAAGCCCGUGA